AUGGAUUUAUUUGGUACCAUACUGAAGGUUCGAGGUAAAUCAGAGGUGGUGAAAGUAACUGAAGAGGAAUUAAACGAUGAAAGUAGUGAGGAGGAUGAGGAAGAGUCAAAAAAAGAUUGUCUGAGAGAGGUGAAGAAGAAAGCAAAUGAUGCACUUGUAAGGAAAUUACUCGCGAAUAACACUGCGCAGAGCAUGGAUCAUGGAGAAGAGACAAAUUUGGGACGGCCGAAAACACCCGAAGAAAUCGAAGAAGAGGAAUUCAUGCGUGAUUUGGCUAUGAAACCACUCUCGUUCUUCAAAACGCUCAAGGAGCUGCCGGAUCAGAUUGCCGAAAAAUACUAUAAGGACAUUAAACGUCGUUGGAAACGUUCAGAGGAACGUAUCAAAGAGACCGAAGACUUGCUGACGAGUGUUAAAUAUGAAGAUAAAUCACUGGAAGAGGAUCGACUAGAAAUUUUGGGUGAACUACUCGAUAAAGCGUCACAAUCGUUCGAGAUUAAUGAUGAACAUGAGCAUCGUCGAAUGCCCAUUGGGCAUCGACUGGUGUUGGAAUCACAGCUGCUGACUGUGUUCAACAACGCGAUCGAUCUGAUUUUCAAAAUCAUCGGUGAAUUUGAUAAACUGAAAGACGAUCAAGUUGGAGUGAAUGAUGAACGUGAUCAACUACGUUAUGAGAUUCGUUAUUGCGAUGCUGUCUUCACUGAGGUUCACGAACGCUUUCUCAAGUCUUAUUUGGAGAUGCCGUGGUGA